AUGUCUCAAAAUAGCGUGAAAACCUCAAUAUCAAUCCAGCACCAGAGAGAAGCAGAAGCCUUAAGAAAGAAGCUUGAAAGAAAUAGAAGAGACCAGAUUGAGAACAGGCUUAAGGAAAUUACUAAGAGGAAUUCUUUGAUAUAAAGUUGAAAUCUGAACAACUUCGAAGCCUGAAUAAAGAGAAGAAGUUGCAUAGCAUUAGGAAGAACUUCAAGAGGAAAUUAACUCAGAAUAUGAAGGAUUAUGAGCAAAUAAAGCGUAAUCAGAAGGUGAAGAAACUUCAAGAAUUGCUUGAGACCCACAUUUGAGAUAUCCAUCAGCUCCAAGCAAUGGUCGAAGAGAGGAAAGAAGAAGAAAGAAUUCGUAAGAUGAAGGCUGAAGAGGAAAUACGGGAAAAAGCCAAGAAGAAAAGUAUGCUACUCGCACACCAACAGCCCCUUAGAAGCACGGGAACCUCCACAGACCUUAUUUUCAACCAACGGUCCAAGCAUUUCAGAAGGUUUACAGUUGACAAUCACAAUUUUCCAGAAUAUGGAGAAGAUGUCAGGCAAAUGACAAUUGAAAAGCAAAAAGAAGAGCUUAACUAUUUUUACGGCUCCAGAACCUUCCAAUUAAUGAAGAAUUUAUCUGAAAACCAAAUAAAGAAAUAUUAUGGAGCUGGAAACAUUGCUUAUGAUGGCAGCUAUGAGUUUAAAUGGCUCAGGGAAUACAAAAGAUUCAUAAAAAGCCACCUGAAAGAUGAUCAGAGUACAUCACAAAGCUCCAAGGAUUUCGACGUCACUCAGAACUACGAGCAGCAGAAAGAAGCGGAAUGGAUAAUCAGGCAAAAAUACAAGUUAAUGCGUGCUCUUAAAUAAAAAAUGGGAGCAAAGUCAACAAGCAGAAAUGUUAAAAUAAUGAUCAGCCUACUAAACAGCUAAUAAAGAAGCCAAAUUUGUAUAAGCGUAUGGAAUCAACUACAAUUUCAUUUGAGAAAAUACCAUUGCUUGACAAGAAAGGAAAAUCCAAGAAGGAAGUAAAUGUAGAAGCUCUCCAUACGAUAUACAGCAUAAAAUCUGAUGGAAACAUACAAGAGAAAGGUCAAUCUCGCUCAGUUUCAACAAAUACUGGACCGGAUAUUGUUCAUAUGCUGGAUAAUCUGAAAUCUCAAGUUUUCCCUGAUUCUAAAAUCAAACGAACCCAAAAGUCUAUGGAUUUGCCAAAAUCAAAGAAAAAUCCUGAUCUAGCCCUCAAAAAUUCAAAUAUAGAUGAUAAAUUAGAUAUGAAAGCCAGAAGAAAACGCAACAUAGAGAGAAGGAGCCAUUUGACUAUAAAAGAUACAAUCCUAAAGAACACCUCUAGCCACUCAAUCUACAAAAACCAAGCCUCCAACACCUAAAAAGAGGCGUAACUUUUCCCUAUCCUCCAAUAACCCCACUACCAAAA